ACUCAGUGGAAAAUUUGACACUUUUUUUUCACACUCUUAAUCGGGUGUCAAUGACAACGAUCACAAACAGUGAUGAAACAGUGCGAGUCCAGUUAUAUUUUUAUAACGAGCAGUCCGCCCUCGCAUAUUGCUACUGGUUUAUUGGUUGAUGAUGCGUCAGACAUGUAUCGCAAACAAGUCACAAAGCGGCAGGUACUGACAACUAUUAUGAAAACUGCGACUGCACAUGUUCACACGGUUUGACGUGAACUUUAAAGAGGAAGCUGAGCGGUUGUCGGUGGAGCAACUAGGCGCGGAAGGGACCGCUCUCUUGCAACAUUAAUUGGAGCCCUACCCCUCGCCAUGGAUUUCCGCUUCCUCAACUCGUCGGAGCUGUUCAUCUCUCAGCAGCCCGUUAACGCCUCACCGAGGGAGCAGACGGUAUUCGAGGGCUGCCGCGAUAUGCCGGCUGUGCUCAUCUGGUACCUGUGCCUGCAGUUCAUCAACAUGUUCGUGGGAAUCCCUGCAAAUAUCAUGGUCCUGUGGCUCAUCCGCAAAAACAAGAGCGAUUCAUCCACGUCGGACAUCUUCAUCCUGCAACUAGCCAUCCUGGAUGUGCUUUUCUGUCUCGUGCCGCCGUUGGAACUGGCCAACAUUGUGUUCCUCACCACCAGCAGCACCUGGUCCGUGCUGCGCUUCUUCUAUGGGAUGAAAGACGCAUCGCCGCUCUUCCUCUCCUGCAUUUGCCUGGACCGCUAUGUGGCCGUGGUGCACCCUGUCACCUUCACCAAGCUCAAGGACCGCCACCACCGGGCCGGCCUGGCCGUACUGGUGUGGCUCCUCAUUCUGGCUCAUGCCGUCGCUAAGUGUGUGGGUCACAUCGUCAACUUCGAGAAGGUCUUCACCGUCAUGAUCCUGGUCAGCUUUGCUUUCAUGGUGUUCUGCAACAUCGCCAUCCUGUUAGUGCUGCGCAAGUCCGGGCCCGGCCGGGACGAAAUGCACCCGGUGAAGAAGCGAGCCUCCAAGAUGGUGCUCAUAAUCCUCGGCAUCAUCGUCUUCAACUAUUUACCGCCGGUGGCGCUCUUCCCCUUUCAGCACUACUUCUCGCCCAAAGUCUUCCGCUGUUACAUCCAUUACAUCGCCUUUGGACUGAUGGACUUAAGUAGUAGCAUCCAGCCCAUGCUUUACUUGUCUAAGGAGAAAGUGGGAUUUCUAGGCUGCUACCAGACCAAUGCCACACCCUUCGAAUCUACAGUAGCUUCUACAGUAUAAACAUAGCUGGGAGACAGCUGCCCGAAAAAAGUCUACAGUAUGUUUUAGUGGAUUUACUGCAUAUACAAUUUGGUUAAUUAAAAAAUACCCCGUACAAUAAUUACAAAAAAGCAGAAUGUUUUUUU